AUGGCUGAGGCCUUGUGCGGCGUGCGCUACGACGUGGCGGAGGCCGCAGCGCCUCCUAUCAGGCGUGCGGCCGCGUUCUCCGACUCCACCCUCAAAUUUCUCUAUCCAGGCGUUGCGGGGUUAAUGAAUCGCGAGAGCACAGAGGUGAGGGCACAUGCGAACCCUAUCGACAAGCUUACGGUGCUGGAAAGGUGCGCCAGUACUGGGUGCAUCAGGUUUCCUCUCUUCGACUCUGCAGCCGUGCAGCUCCGGGAUCUCCCGUGCGAGCGCGCGCCAACGCUAAUCGCGAUUCGCUAUGGCAUGAUCGACCCGGCGCCCGAUGGUGCCAGGGCGGUCUGGCGCGGGCCAGCGACGCGAAUAAUGAAGGCGUUAACGUCCUUCCUCCGCUGGGCCCUGGACAGGGCGUCGGCGGCAGAGCUGAGGCGGGCGGCCGCGGGGCCGCGCCAGGGUUCGCGACCGGCGGGGCCCGGCGCAGUGCUGGGUGGAGAUCUGCUUGCCUGGCGGGCGCCGUGUAAGAAGCGCGUGCCUGGGGCGUCAGGCAUCGCGCCGAUGAGCGCGGCUGCCCCGCCAUUCGUUCAGGGGGCGGAGGCGCCCCGCGCGCGGCCGGGGGCCGACGCCGACGCGCUGCUGGCGGAUCUGUCGGGCGAGGAGGCCGAGGGGGUCGGCGCGUGGGGCGAGCUGGAGGGCGAGCGCGAUCAGCAGGUCGCGGCGUGGCUGGAGGCGGAGAGGGCGCAGGGGCAGCAGAGCGACGAGAGCGGGCUGGCCUUGCAGGUGCUGGAGGUCGGCGAGCGCGUCGCGAAGGGCGAGUUGGAAGUCGACGACGACGACGACGAUGGCGCCUUCGAGGUGGCGAAGGCGGCGGGGGGGCAUGAGAGCGACGACGGCGAGCUGGCCCAGAAGCGCUAUGGCGACGCCUUCGAGGUAGCGAAUGCGGAUGGGCAGGAGAGCGGUGGCGGGGAGGGCUCGGAGUUCUCGAAGACCGCGCGCUGGCGAGGCGGCGGGCUCCGAGGGGCAGCUCCGAGUUCUCCAGGCAAGCCCUGCAACUUCUGGUGCGUUGCGGAGGCGCGCGGCAGGGACUUCGGGGUUGGGGGCGAGGGCGACGGCGCGCAUGGCGGGGCGCGCGACGGCGACGACUCCGACGAGGAGAUCGGGUGGAUAGAGGACGAGGGCCCACGGCGUGACAACCUCGCGCGGCCCCUGGGCAUCCAGUUGGAGAGCUGCGCCGAGGGCGCCGCGCGGGCAACGGCCCUGGCCCUGUUGGGGGGCGGCAUGGGGGCCCCGCGGCAGGCGGCCCGCGACGUCGCGGAGCUGGAAGGGGAAGUGCUCCGCGGCAGGGCGCGGCUGGAGUGGGGGGGCCGCGGGCGGCCUCAUGUCCGGCUGGGGUUGUCGCACUUCUCCAUGAGCCCGUCGAUGCACACGUCGACGCUUUUCACUGGAGUCACGAAGUCUCCGCCGCCGAUGGUUAUGUUGGAGCCGUUCUCCUCCGUGGGAGCGGCGGUGCGCUCGCCGUCGCCCACGGUGCUGCAGAACCGCUGCGUCAACCUGUCAUCGGAGGACAGGGUUGACUGCAGGCUGAAUUUGAAGUGCAAGUUGCACCCACAGGACGACGGUUUGGUGUCCUGCGCUGCCGAUUUUGAGCGCGUGGCGCUCCACGGAGGCUGCCAUCGAGCGUGCAAUUGCCUGCUUCCUCGUUGUGGGCACUGCUGUCCGCUGCGGUGCCAUCCCUUCGACCGCGAGCACGCCGACGUGGUAUGCAAGGCGCGCUGCAAUCGACCCAGGCCUGCGGGCUGCAACCACGUCUGCAGGCACAUGUGCAAGGACUGCCACGGCGAGACACCAGAGGACCUCUGCCCGACCCUGUGCGAGGAGAUUAUGGAGGUGACGCUUCCCUGCGGGCAUCAGCAGAAGGAGCCAUGCCAUCGCGUUCAGGACGAGAACCGUCUCGGAGAGAUUGAUUGCCAGACGAUUGUUUCCGUGGAGCUUCCCUGUGGACACGUCAGCCGCGUUCCAUGCCACUUGGCAGGGGGGCACCGGAGCGGAGUAGCACCGUUGGCGUGCAGCUUCAAGGAGAAGGUCCGCGCCGAGUGUGGCCACCAGGUGAUGAAGCACUGCAUGAGUCUCCAGCGCUGCAACAAGGCCUGCGAAAAGGUAAUCGAUGUCUGCGGUCAUCCUUGUGGUCGCAAGUGCUCUGAUUCGCACGACCACGCAAGUUGCCAACAUCCCUGCGCGGAGUUACUGCACUGCGGUCACAAAUGUCAAGAGCGAUGUGGUAAGCAACACACCGACCUUUGCGCAGCGCCAUGCGCGCGGGUCUGUACCCACGGGCACCAGUGCCUGAACAGUUGCCAUGAGCGGUGCGUGCCCUGCCGUGAGCCGUGCAAGUGGCGCUGCAUUCAUCUCCAGUGCAAUAAGCUCUGCCACGAGGAGUGCGACCGGCCGCGAUGUGAGCAGCUGUGCGACAAGGUGCUCGGCUGUGGACACCUCUGCCGUGGCGUCUGCGGGGAGCCGUGCGUGCGCUGCGUGCAGUGCUUCCGCCAGGAGGAAACUUGCCCUCUCACGCUAGAGCUCCUGACGAAGCUGCCAGGGAAGCUUUACGAGCUCGACUGCGGCCACGCUUUCGACCUCAAUAUGCUGGACGGGUACAUGGACACCCAGCAGGAGAACAAUGGCCACGCAGCGAUCCUGGCGAAGUGCUGCCCUACCUGUCGCAAACAGGUGCACAAGGCGCCCCGCUACCAGGCCCAGAUCAAGCGCCAGCUCGGCCUGAUCGACGCCGUCAAGGAGCAGAAGCGGCGCGAGCAGAGGCGCCUGACCGACGCCGAGCGCCGCGAGGUGGACCUGGCCAUGGGCGGAGGCCGGUCCGGCGCAGGCCACUGGUUCGCGUGCCCCAAUGGGCACCCCUACUUCAUUGGCGAGUGCGGCGGAGCGAUGCAGGAGAGCCGGUGCCCCGAGUGCGGCGCGCGCGUGGGCGGCGGCUCGCACCGCCUGCUGGCUGACAACAGCUACGUCGCGGACUUUGCGGGCGACGGCGCGGCGCCUCCGGCCUGGCCCGGCGUCGCGGGCGCUG